UGGAACGCAGCCAAGGAGAUCAAAAUCAUUGCAUUGAUUCCACCCACCAGCAUUCUUUUCACAUUUAUUUGUUUUUGCAAACGGUGUGAUUGAUUGAAUUUAUUGAUAAUUCAAGAUGAAUGAAGAAGAUAUUGAAAUUUUAAGUACAAGUCAAGUUUUACAAGAAGUAGAAAAUGUUGUAAGAAGAUUUAACACAAAGAAUGAUGCCAUAUUCACUUUUCCAACAUUGACCAAAAAUAACAAGUUAGUAGUAUGGACAGCGAUAUUCCAACACUUACAAAGAAAAGAAUUUGAAUCAAUUCAUAAUAUUUGUCUAUCAGCUGCAAGGAUAUUGAGCCGUGAUAAAUGUGACUUAGAUCAACUUUUCUGUGAGAAAUGGAUUAAUAUUUUGGUGGAAAAAGCUGGUCUAUAUAAUUAUGUUGACUUUGAAGAUAUUUCAGAACAGUCAAAAGAUUUGCUAAAAAAAGAAAUAGCACUCGAAGCACUCAAGUGUCUAUGCAACUCCACAUUUAAUAGUGAAGUUGCCAGGAGUUUGUGCGCUCACACUAGUGUUGCCCAAGCGUUGAUUGGAAGACUUCGAGUUUACAAAGAUGUUCCUUACAAAGAUGAAAUAAUGCUUUAUGAUAUGAAACUGCUUUUCAUCCUGACUGCAUUCAGACCUGAUAUAAAGAAGAAAGUAAAUUGUGAGCUCCAUGGUAUGGAUUAUUUAAUAAGUUGUCUCAAUGAAUUGUUGAAAGAAGCUAUGUUAGUCACUGAUGAUACAUCCGAAGCAGAAAAUGGAAACUUGUUUAAAGGAAGAAAUCAUCCUUUUCUUCAGGAUAAUCAACAAGCUAUAGCAUGUGAAAUUCUUAAAGUGCAGUUCAAUUUGAUUAUGAGCCCAGAACAAUUGGGUGAUUGUGACGAGGCUAUGUAUUUAAAACUCAUGCCCGUCUUAAGCACUUUGCUAUGUGCCUCUACUACCAAUGAAACAAAGUUAAUGGACUUGCGUAGCAAUGUUGGUAACUUACUUACUAGUGUUCCAUCAAAGUUUUACAAAGAAUUGACUCCAAUCCUGGGUAAAGAUGAAGAAUGCCUGUAUGAGUAUGAUGGCAGGACUAUGGAUGCUUUGCAAGCUUUAGUGGAGCUGUUGAAUUAUCGACUUUCUGCGCUAUCUACGACUGAGCGACAGUUUGACGAACUUUCUCCGAUUAUGUCUGUGAUGUUGAAAAGCGUACGCGCAUGUCAUACGCAUAGGAAGUAUCUGCGUCAAGUCGUGCUACCACCGCUUCGGGACGUUUCUUCACCGCCAGAGAAAGGAGACACCUUACGCAACAUGCUUUGCAGACUGCUUACAACGCCUGUUACUAAUGUCCGAGAUUUAGUUGCAGAGUUUAUAUUUAUACUUUGCAAGGAAAAAGUGGGGCGAAUGGUGAAGUACACGGGUUUCGGGAACGCGGCGGGCCACUUGGCCCAGAAAGGUCUGCUGGGCGGGGGUCGCGGAGCCGACUACUCGUCCAGUAGCGACGACUCCGACACCGAAGAGUACCGCGACGCUCAGCCCCACAUCGACCCGGUGGUGGGCUGCACGCGACCCCCGAGACCCAACCCGCUGGAAGGAAUGACCGAAGAACAGAAAGAAUAUGAGGCGAUGAAGCUCGUGAACUUGUUCGACAAGAUGGUCUCCUCCGGCGUAGUGAAGCCGGCCCGCGUGGGCGCCGACGGGCGACCAGAGCCAGUGGAACACGUGCUGCAGCUACGUGACGCUCCCACCAGGCCGCAGUCGUAAGACCCUCAAACUAACGCCUAUGUUUAGACACACAAAAACGUUGAGUCUUACACGUGUUGAAAGAAAGAAAAAGAUUUUUUUGGCUAUCAUACACUUUUAAAAAAACAACAUUAAGAGCUGCUUGCAGUAAAUAUUCUAAAUCUCGAAUCAAAUAAAACUAAGUCCAUGCAAUAGUGUCCAAUUUGACAUUGAAGAUUUGACAUUUAUCUAUGGGUUAUAUAUAGUUUUACUUGAUUCGAGAUUUAGAAAAUUUGCUGCAAAUGGACCCCCAGACAUUUAGAAGACAUAAGAAUACUAAGAGAUGGCCAAUCAGAACCCUGUCUCAGCUUGAUGCUGUUAUAGUGGGAAAAUAUAAUAUUGGCAUUCGGGUGCGGUACCCGUCUGUAAGCGGAGGGCUUCACGAGGUAGAGGCAUAGAUGUAUAAGAAUAGAGUAGGGGAGAUAUAGACUACUACAAGCGGAAGUGUCUCUCUUCCACUUGUAGAAAAUGAGAAAGAGAAAGAAGAUGAGAGACCGCUAGCUUUCUCUCUCUAAUCGCGCAUGCGCAUUGGCAACCAUAAGCAUCUUACUAUUUCGAUGUGA